AUGGAUAAGCUGAAGAACGCUCGAGGCGGAUCAGUAGCGCUCAACACAGGCUAUCACAUUCCACUCGUUGGUUUCGGAACUUACAAAGUCGAAGGAAACCAGGUGCUCCCGGCGAUCGAUGCUGCUCUUACCGCUGGAUAUCGGAUGUUUGACACUGCAAAGUAUUAUAACAAUGAGAAAGAGUUGGGUGAUGCUUUCAAGAUUCUACUCCCAAAACACAAUCUAACUCGUCAGGAUAUUUUCAUCACAUCGAAAUUUUUCCCAGAAAUGGACGACUGUCUAAUAGGAAGUCAUAAGCUCAUUGACGAGUCGUUGGAGAAGCUUGAUACCAACUAUAUCGAUAUGUAUUUGGUGCACUAUCCGAAACCAAAAGAUGCUCCAGACGAAGAUGUCAAAAAUGCUGAACGUCGAAAGCUCACUUAUCAAGCGUUUGAGGAAGCCAAAGACGCCGGUAAAAUUCGUUCUAUUGGGGUGUCGAAUUACGAAAUUUAUCACCUGGAGGAGCUCAAAAGCUAUGCUAAAUAUCAACCUUGUGCGAAUCAAGUCGAAUUUCAUCCACAUUUCACUCGUAGUAAGCUUCAUGCAUACUGCCGAGAUAAUGGCAUUUUCUUCCAGGCAUUCUCAUCACUUGCCAGACAAGCUCCCGAACUCAUUGAGGAUUCCGUUGUCGUUGAAAUGGCCAAAGAACACGACACUACUGUUCCACUUAUUCUUCUUGCAUGGGCUCGCUGCCAAGGUGUUGGAAUCGUGCCUAAGUCUGCCACACCGGCUAGAGUUACAGAAAACUUCAAGGUGAUUGAUGUCGUGCUGACUCCGGAUGAAAUUAAAUUAUUGGCGGAUCUGAACCGUAACAAAGACUACAUUCGAUGCACCGGUUGGCUCGUUAAGUAG